UUUUUGUUUUGUGUGUUUAAAGAGUGAUCCGCCUGCUUGCUCCUGGGUGUUCUACAACCCUGUGACUUGUUUCAGAAAGCCGAGUACCAGGCAGGUGGCAGUAACAGCUCUUCGUAGUGUCCUGCUCUUGACUGCCCCAGAACUGGGUGCUGGGCAGUGUAUAAUAAUAACUGGGUCACACUUCAAUUAGUUGGGAGGGUGGUUGUCUUAAACACAUUUUCUCACAGAAAAAUGUAUGGUGUUAAUUUCCCAGGCUAAUUCCACAAGAAUCUAAUGACAUACACUUAGUACACCCAAACUUUAGUUCAGCUUAUAAAUCACAAGCUUUUAUUUUAAAAACCCCUAUUUUCUAACAUUGCUUCUGAGAACAUUUCCUAUCUUUUACAUCGGAAGUGGUUCCCAGCUCUGGCAGCAGGCAUUUAAAGUUUUUGUCUCUAACAGGCUUUGAAGAAGGUGAGGGGAAGAUGCCCCGUAUUUUGCCCCGGGGCUGCCUCUCCAGCGGUGUGCUUUUAAUCCCCUGCGCCACCCAGCCUCUCGGUCGCCCCAGCAGUUCCUCCUGCCCUUCUGUCCGCAAAUCUCGAACACCUGGCGGGUACCUGACACAUAGCAGGCACGCACCAGGGAAGCGCUUGGAGAAUAUUUAGACGGAAAGAAAGAGAGUGAGGAAGAUCAAAGCAAGAGCUACAAGCACAAAGAAGAAAGCAGACUGACUUGAAAAGCUGGAGAACGAAGUCAAGACCAGCCAGGACAAAUUUGAGGAAAUCACCAUGAAGUGGGAGGAGGGCAAACGGAAGAGAAUUCCCCAGGACCUGUGGGACGUGCUCAACACCCAGCAGGUGCACUGCGCUGGGCUGAUAGAAGACAAGAACAAGCUUAUCAGCGAGUUACAGCAGGAGUUAAAAACAAAAGAUGACCAGUAUGUGAAGGAUUUGAAGAAGCAGUCAGAUGACAUCUGCCUGCUCCUGGAGAGGAUGGAAGAACAAGUGAAGAAUGUGAUGAAAACCUUCCGUCAGGAGCUCAAUUCCAUUGAGAAAGCAUUUGAGGCGGAACGACGAGAACUGCUGACCAGUAAUAAGAAGAAAUGGGAGCGGGCCCUGCAGGCUCACAACGCCAAAGAGCUGGAGUAUCUUCUGAGCCGCAUCAAGAAGGUAGAGGACUAUGAGAAGCAGCUGAACAAGCAGCGGGUGUGGGACUGCGAAGAGUACAACACAAUCAAGAUCAAGUUGGAGCAGGACGUGCAGAUUCUUGAGCAACAGCUUCAGCAGAUGAAAGCAACCUACCAGCUAAACCAAGAGAAGUUGGAGUACAACUUCCAAGUGCUGAAGAAGAGAGACGAAGAGAGUGUGGUGAUCAAAUCCCAGCAGAAGAGGAAGAUCAGUCGCCUGCAUGAUAUACUUAACAACCUGAGAUCAAAAUACACCAGGCAGAUCAGACAGUUUGAGGAGGAGAACCAGUCACUAACCUCCGACUACAUACGCCUUGUGACGCAGUUCAAGGAGCUACAGAAAGCCAUGAGGCAUUUUGCUCUUCUUGAUGACAAGCGGUUUCGAGAGAUUUGGCUGAUGAAUGAAGAAGAGGCAAAGGAUCUGAUAAGCAAAGCCUUUGAUGUGGACAGGAUCAUCCACACCCAGCAUCUGGGGCUCCCCUGGACCGCACCUGAUUUCUGGUUCCUGAGGAAUGUGGGACCUAUAUCUCAGCAGCAGCAGAGGUCUGCUACACAGAUAUUAGAGGAAGUGCUGAUUCAAACAGAAGAGGAAGGGAUGGAGGAGGCCACCUCAGAAACAGAGUCUUACCUCGACCUGCCAAAGCAAGUUUCCACGAAAACGACCAGAAAGAUCCUGAUGCUCCUGUGUGAUGAGUCGGGUUUCCUCAUAGAGAGCAAGCUGCUGAGCCUUCUCCGUCCCCUGGAGAAGAGCGAGUGCUAUCUGCUCAAGUUGGACGCCAUCUUCUCAGCCCUUGGGAUUGAAAGUGAGGAUGACUUGUACAAACUGGUGAACUUCUUCCUCAAAUACCGAGUUCAUCAUUCACCCUCCGGUCAGGAGCGAACAAGCCCAAUGUCGGCCCUGGACCCAGGAGAGCAGACAGACCUCGAGAGACAGAAGGAGGGAAGCCUGGUGGGAGGGGAGCCAGAAGAGAAGGAGGUCCCCCCUUCUCCCACGCUCAUCCACCCCAACGACGUCCUCAAGAUCCUGGAGGCCUUUGUCAUGGGUCUGAGGAAACCCAGGGACCCCCCGGCCCCAGUGAAGGUGGUGAAGUAUGUGCGAGAUACCUCGAAGGACUCUGCGUAUUGGGAGGCCCUGGCCACGGUUCUCCCUUACGCCACGCAGAACCUCUGGGACGCUCUGUACACGGCCUUGGAGAAAUACCACCUUGUUCUGACGCAGAGGGCCAAGCUGCUGAUAGAAAACAACUCCCUGGAGAAGCAGAACACAGAGCUCCAGAUGCUGCUUCAGCAGUAUCUAGAUUCCAAGAUAAACUCUGAAUUGCAUGUUCCACCAACUCAGGUGUUACGGGCGCCCACCAAAUAGAGUCGGACCUCCAAAGGCUGCUGUGUUACAGUGUAUGCGGGUGCCGGGGCUGGCACGUUUCACCUGGGGAGCUGCCUGGGACUACUCUGGAUUUUCCAGAGCUACUGGGAUAGGGCCUGUCGAAAUAAGGCCACGGGAGGGGUUACCUGUAUCCUGUAGUCGUGAUUGAUUAAAGUCUUUAAAAGGUU